AUGGACGCCCGAAAGAAGAAGAGGAAGGUCCUUUUGAUGGGUAAAAGUGGCUCGGGGAAGUCCUCCAUGCGCUCCAUCAUUUUCAGCAACUAUGUGGCCAAAGAUGUGCGACGCCUGGGCGCUACAAUUGACGUUGAACAUAGCCAUGUCAAGUUCAUGGGCAACCUCACACUGAACCUUUGGGACUGCGGGGGCCAAGAUGCCUUCAUGGAAACCUAUCUUGCCUCGCAACGCGGCAACAUCUUCUCCGACGUGGCAGUCAUGAUCUACGUCUUCGACAUUGAAUCCCGUGAAGUCGACCGGGAUCUAGAUACGUACAACGCGAUCAUCGAAGCGCUGCGCGAGAACAGCCCGAACGCCUAUGUCUUCUGCCUCGUCCACAAAAUGGACCUCAUCCAGGCCGAGCACCGCCAGCGCAUCUACGAAGAACGCUCUGCCCUAAUCCGCAGCCGCUCCGAGCACUUCCGUGUCGACACCUUCGGCAGCAGCAUCUGGGACCAGUCGCUGUACAAAGCCUGGGCCGGCAUCGUGCACAAGCUUAUCCCAAAUUUGACCGUCAUCGAGCGCUUCCUCUCCGCCUUCGCCAAGAAGAUCGAUGCAGAGGAGGUCAUCCUGUUCGAGCGCUCGACGUUCUUAACCGUGACCUCGGUGACGUCUGAGGUCGGCGAGCUCAACCCCAUCUACGACCGCCAUGAGCGCUUGUCGAAUAUCAUGAAGGCGUUUAAGCACUGCGCCGCGCGCAAUACCUUGACCACGCCUGCCUCGGCCGGCUUCGUCGUCAUGCAUACCAAGACCCCCCAGUUCAAUAUCUUCCUUGGCAGGUUCACCGAUAACACGUAUAUCUUUGUCGUCGUGCCGCCCGGCGAAGCGGCGUAUAACUGCGCCGUGCUGAAUACCAUGCUCGCGAGAGAGGGCUUCUCCAAAUCCGCUGCGGCAGGCCGCACUGAUGGCUUUCCGCUCCCGCCGCAAGAUAACCAAGAAGACGGUGCGGGCUGA